AUGAACGCAGCUGUUCCAGUGGCUGGCGCUUAUGCAUCACCUGCUGCGUAUGGCAUAAGUAGCACAAGCGCGCGCCGUGGGGCAAUCACCGACGCCACGGCUGUUGGUGGUUCCCCUCAGCAGGCGGGGCAGCGUCAGCAAUCGGCCGCCACUGGUGGUCGUUCCUCGCAGCAGGCGCGGCAGCCCCUUCCUACCGCCACCGCUGCUGGUCGUUCACUGCAGCAGGGGGGUGUGCAUCACUCCUCCGCCUCUGCUGACAUUGCAUCACAGCUGCAGGGUUCUCCUCCCCUUCCUACCGCCGCCGCUGCUGGCUUCUCGCAUCAGCAGGAGCCGCUGCAUCACUCCUCUGCCACUUGUGCUGGUGCAUCACAGCUGCAGGGUUCUCCUCCCCUUCCUACCGCCGCUGCUGCUGGCUACUCGCAUCACCAGGAGCUAAUGCAUCACUCCUCUGCCGCUGCUGCCGGUGCUUCACAGCUGCAGGGUCCUCCUCCCCUUCCUACCGCCGCCACUGCUGGUCGUUCACUGCAGCAUGGGGGUGUGCAUCACUCCUCCGCCUCUGCUGACGGUGCAUCACAGCUGCAGAGUUCUCCUCCCCUUCCUACCGUUGCCGCUGCUGGCUUCUCGCAUCAGCAGGAGCCGCUGCAUCACUCCUCUGCCACUUGUGCCGGUGCAUCACAGCUGCAGGGUUCUCCUCCCCUUCCUACCGCCGCUGCUGCUGGCUACUCGCAUCAGCAGGAGCUGAUGCAUCACUCCUCUGCCGCUGCUGCCGGUGCUUCACAGCUGCAGGGUCCUCCUCCCCUUCCUACCACCGCCGCUGCUGGUCGUUCACUGCAGCAGGGGGGUGUGCAUCACUCUUCCGCCUCUGCUGACGGUGCAUCACUGCUGCAGGGUCCGCCUCCCCUUCCUACCGCCGCUACUGCUGGCUACUCGCAUCAGCAGGAGCUGAUGCAUCACUCCUCUGCCGCUGCUGACAGAGCUUCACACCUGCAGGGCUCUCCUCCCCUUCAUACCGCCGCCGCUGCUAGAUACUCGAGUCAGCAGGAGCUGCUGCAUCACUCCUCUGCCGCUGCUGCCGGUGCCUCACAGCUGCAGGGUUCUCCUCCCCGUCCUACCGCCGCCGCUGCUGGAUACUCGAGUCAGCAGGAGCCGCUGCAUCACUCCUCUGCCGCUGCUGCCGGUGCUUCACAGCUGCAGGGUUCUUCUCCCCUUCAUACCGCCGCCGCUGCUGGAUACUCGAGUCAGCAGGAGCUGCUGCAUCACUCCUCUGCCGCUGCUGCCGGUGCCUCACAGCUGCAGGGUUCUCCUCCCCUUCCUACCGCCGCCGCUGCUGGAUACUCGAGUCAGCAGGAGCCGCUGCAUCACUCCUCUGCCGCUGCUGCCGGUGCUUCACUGCUGCAGGGUCCUCCUCCCCUUCCUACCACCGCCGCUGCUGGCUACUCGCCUCAGCAAGAGGACCUGCAUCUGCCUACCGCUACCUCUGCUUUUGAUAUCUGGCUGCAAGGACCUCCUCCCCUUCCUACCACCGCUGAUGCUGGUUUCGCUGCUGAGCAGGUGGGAAUGCAUCAGUUUACAGCUGCCGCUGAUCCUGGGUGCGUCUCGCAUGAACCUCAGCCUCUUGCCUCCGCUGCAGCAGCUGGUCAGUACACUCAACAAGGUAAUAACCAGUACACAACAAAUGCCGCCACCGCAGCAGCUCAAUUCGACAAUAGCCAGCCGCCCAGCAGGCCUAUCAGCCCUCCCUCUGUCCAUCGUAUGGAGGGAAUGGCAACUGAGGAUGGUCCAUCCUCUCCAUUUGUGCUGCCAAACCAUACUAGAGUACCUACAAGGGGGGUAGUGGCAAACCCUGCACCGGAAAGAGAGCCUGUUUAUGUGGCCGCCUUCCAGACUCACCUCGGGGAAACUUUGGGGCCAGCACCACCCACGGGAGACGGUGCUGCUGUUGGAAGGGCAGAGUUCGAUGCCAUGAUGGCGGAGGUUAGACGGCUGCAACGUGAGAACCUGACCUUGCAGAAUCAGGUUGCAGCAUACGGUCGUUCACAAUCACCAUCCCCGUCAUCAUCUUCCAAUGAUGACGACGAACAUGCAUCCCCCCAUGAACCACCCUCCCAACCCCUAGGUGUCCCGGCUCAGAGGGCGCAGCCGCAAGUGAUCCUUGCCAACCGGCAUACUGUGGGAACAGCAGUUGGCGAGGCACACAACAUGGGCAUCGCUACGGACUACAACACAAUUGCGCCGGAUCUCGAACCGUUCGCGACAAAGUUGGCCGCAGCCAUGAAGACGAUUCCACCUGCUAAUGGUGGCUUGUAUGUGCGCAUUGGAGGUGGUGCAGGGCUGCCACUUCACCUCUGUGGGCUAUGCAUUGGCUGGGGCCUCCUCUCUUUAGUGCCCCUACUAAUGGUUCCCCCCCGUGUGUUUUCCCCCCCAUCGUUUGUCUCUGCAGGUGCGCAUUGGAGGUGCCCAUUGGAGGUGGUGCAGGGCUGCCACUUCACCUCUGUGCGCAUUGGAGGUGGUGCAGGGCUGCCACUUCACCUCUGUGGGCUAUGCAUUGGCUGGGGCCUCCUCUCUGUAGUGCCCCUACUCAUGGUUCCCCCCCGUGUGUUUUCCCCCCCAUCGUUUGUCUCUGCAGGUGCGCAUUGGAGGUGCGCAUUGGGGGUGGUGCAGGGCUGCAACUUCACCUCUGUGGGCUAUGCAUUGGCUGGGGCCUCCUCUCUGUGCGCAUUGGAGGUGGUGCAGGGAUGCCACUUCACCUCUGUGCGCAUUGGAGGUGGUGCAGGGCUGCCACUUCACCUCUGUGGGCUAUGCAUUGGCUGGGGCCUCCUCUCUGUAGUGCCCCUACCCAUGGCUCCCCCCAGUGUGUUUUCCCCCCCAUCGUUUGUCUCUGCAGGUGCGCAUUGGAGGUGCGCAUUGGAGGUGGUGCAGGGCUGCCACUUCACCUCUGUGGGCUAUGCAUUGGCUGGGGCCUCCUCUCUGUGCGCAUUGGAGGUGGUGCAGGGCUGCCACUUCACCUCUGUGCGCAUUGGAGGUGGUGCAGGGAUGCCACUUCACCUCUGUGGGCUAUGCAUUGGCUGGGGCCUCCUCUCUGUAGUGCCCCUACUCAUGGCUCCCCCCCCCUUGUGUUUUUCCCCCCAUCGUUUGUCUCUGCAGGUGCGCAUUGGAGGUGGUGCAGGGCUGCCACUUCACCUCUGUGGGCUGUGCCCAUUGGAGGUGGUGCAGGGCUGCCACUUCACCUCUGUGCGCAUUAGAGGUGGUGCAGGGCUGCCACUUCACCUCUGUGGGCUAUGCAUUGGCUGGGGCCUCCUCUCUGUAGUGCCCCUACUAAUGGUUCCCCCCCGUGUGUUUUCCCCCCCAUCGUUUGUCUCUGCAGGUGCGCAUUGGAGGUGCGCAUUGGAGGUGGUGCAGGGCUGCCACUUCACCUCUGUGGGCUAUGCAUUGGCUGGGGCCUCCUCUCUGUGCGCAUUGGAGGUGGUGCAGGGAUGCCACUUCACCUCUGUGCGCAUUGGAGGUGGUGCAGGGCUGCCACUUCACCUCUGUGGGCUAUGCAUUGGCUGGGGCCUCCUCUCUGUAGUGCCCCUACCCAUGGCUCCCCCCCGUGUGUUUUCCCCCCCAUCGUUUGUCUCUGCAGGUGCGCAUUGGAGGUGGUGCAGGGCUGCCACUUCACCUCUGUGGGCUAUGCAUUGGCUGGGGCCUCCUCUCUGUAGUGCCCCUACCCAUGGCUCCCCCCCGUGUGUUUUCCCCCCCAUCGUUUGUCUCUGCAGGUGCGCAUUGGAGGUGGUGCAGGGCUGCCACUUCACCUCUGUGCGCAUUGGAGGUGGUGCAGGGCUGACACUUCACCUCUGUGGGCUAUGCAUUGGCUGGGGCCUCCUCUCUGUGCGCAUUGGAGGUGGUGCAGGGCUGCCACUUCACCUCUGUGGGCUAUGCAUUGGCUGGGGCCUCCUCUCUGUAGUGCCCCUACCCAUGGCUCCCCCCCGUGUGUUUUCCCCCCCAUCGUUUGUCUCUGCAGGUGCGCAUUGGAGGUGCGCAUUGGAGGUGGUGCAGGGCUGCCACUUCACCUCUGUGCGCAUUGGAGGUGGUGCAGGGCUGACACUUCACCUCUGUGGGCUAUGCAUUGGCUGGGGCCUCCUCUCUGUGCGCAUUGGAGGUGGUGCAGGGCUGCCACUUCACCUCUGUGGGCUAUGCAUUGGCUGGGGCCUCCUCUCUGUGCGCAUUGGAGGUGGUGCAGGGCUGCCACUUCACCUCUGUGGGCUAUGCAUUGGCUGGGGCCUCCUCUCUGUAGUGCCCCCACUCAUGGCUUUCCCCCCUUGUGUUUUUCCCCCCAUCGUCUGUCUCUGCAGGUGCGCAUUGGAGGUGGUGCAGGGCUGCCACUUCACCUCUGUGCCCAUUGGAGGUGGUGCAGGGCUGCCACUUCACCUCUGUGGGCUAUGCAUUGGCUGGGGCCUCCUCUCUGUAGUGCCCCUACUCAUGGUUCCCCCCCGUGUGUUUUUCCCCCCAUCGUUUGUCUCUGCAGGUGCGCAUUGGAGGUGCGCAUUGGAGGUGGUGCAGGGCUGCCACUUCACCUCUGUGCGCAUUGGAGGUGGUGCAGGGCUGCCACUUCACCUCUGUGGGCUAUGCAUUGGCUGGGGCCUCCUCUCUGUGCGCAUUGGAGGUGGUGCAGGGCUGCCACUUCACCUCUGUGGGCUAUGCAUUGGCUGGGGCCUCCUCUCUGUAGUGCCCCUACCCAUGGCUCCCCCCCGUGUGUUUUCCCCCCCAUCGUUUGUCUCUGCAGGUGCGCAUUGGAGGUGGUGCAGGGCUGCCACUUCACCUCUGUGGGCUAUGCAUUGGCUGGGGCCUCCUCUCUGUAGUGCCCCUACCCAUGGCUCCCCCCCGUGUGUUUUCCCCCCCAUCGUUUGUCUCUACAGGUGCGCAUUGGAGGUGGUGCAGGGAUGCCACUUCACCUCUGUGCGCAUUGGAGGUGGUGCAGGGCUGCCACUUCACCUCUGUGGGCUAUGCAUUGGCUGGGGCCUCCUCUCUGUAGUGCCCCUACCCAUGGCUCCCCCCCGUGUGUUUUCCCCCCCAUCGUUUGUCUCUGCAGGUGCGCAUUGGAGGUGCGCAUUGGAGGUGGUGCAGGGCUGCCACUUCACCUCUGUGCGCAUUGGAGGUGGUGCAGGGCUGCCACUUCACCUCUGUGGGCUAUGCAUUGGCUGGGGCCUCCUCUCUGUGCGCAUUGGAGGUGGUGCAUGGCUGCCACUUCACCUCUGUGGGCUAUGCAUUGGCUGGGGCCUCCUCUCUGUAGUGCCCCUACUCAUGGCUCCCCCCCCUUGUGUUUUUCCCCCCAUCGUUUGUCUCUGCAGGUGCGCAUUGGAGGUGGUGCAGGGCUGCCACUUCACCUCUGUGCGCAUUGGAGGUGGUGCAGGGCUGACACUUCACCUCUGUGGGCUAUGCAUUGGCUGGGGCCUCCUCUCUGUGCGCAUUGGAGGUGGUGCAGGGAUGCCACUUCACCUCUGUGCGCAUUGGAGGUGCGCAUUGGAGGUGGUGCAGGGCUGCCACUUCACCUCUGUGCGCAUUGGAGGUGGUGCAGGGCUGCCACUUCACCUCUGUGGGCUAUGCAUUGGCUGGGGCCUCCUCUCUGUAGUGCCCCUACUCAUGGCUUCCCCCCCUUGUGUUUUUCCCCCCAUCGUUUGUCUCUGCAGGUGCGCAUUGGAGGUGGUGCAGGGAUGCCACUUCACCUCUGUGCGCAUUGGAGGUGGUGCAGGGCUGCCACUUCACCUCUGUGCGCAUUGGAGGUGCGCAUUGGAGGUGGUGCAGGGAUGCCACUUCACCUCUGUGGGCUAUGCAUUGGCUGGGGCCUCCUCUCUGUGCGCAUUGGAGGUGGUGCAGGGAUGCCACUUCACCUCUGUGCGCAUUGGAGGUGGUGCAGGGCUGCCACUUCACCUCUGUGGGCUAUGCAUUGGCUGGGGCCUCCUCUCUGUAGUGCCCCUACUAAUGGUUCCCCCCGGUGUGUUUUCCCCCCCAUCGUUUGUCUCUGCAGGUGCGCAUUGGAGGUGCGCAUUGGAGGUGGUGCAGGGCUGCCACUUCACCUCUGUGCGCAUUGGAGGUGGUGCAGGGCUGCAUCCUCACUUCUAUGGGCUACGCAUUGGUUGGGAGCCUCCUCUUAGUAGUGCCCUCUCCCCACACAUAGUGUCCCCCCUAUUGUUUUCCGCCCCCAUCCUUUGA